AUGCAGUCUGUGCCUGCCACCGAGACAUCAUCGUAUGCUGGCUCAGCAUCGUCUGUUCCUCCUGGGCCGCAACCUCAAGAUUGUCUGGCGUGUAGAAUCAUUGGAACUGGAGCAUUGGCAGGGGUAGGAGUACACGCGCUCAAUUUAUCCCGGGCCCAUCAACCGGGCUCGCCCAUGGGGAAGCGGAUUAUGGCAGGAUUGGGUGUCUGCUUUCUCGCUGGAAGUUAUAUGCGCUGGACCAACUGA